AUGCCGAAGAUGAAUGGGGCUAAGAGAUCUAUCAAAGCUGUGGGAUGUCAAAAUGAAUUGGUAAGGGAGCGUUCCGCCUUAGAGGGAAGGACCUGCACGAGCAGUGCUGGACAAAGCGGAAGUGAGAAUGUCGGCUUGAGUAACGCAAACGUUGGUGAGAAUCCAAUGCCUCGAAAACCCAAGGGUUCCUCCGCAAGUAAGUUUUGGCAUUGGAAGACAUCUUACCGAAUUAAUGAGGCUCAAUUAUCCGGCAAUCAAGCCACUUCCGAUUCUCAGUUUGCUGGAGUUUUAGUCUUAGUUCUUGGAAUUUAUUCCGCAGAGUAG